UAUUUAAAUUUAAUAAGUAAUAAAUGCCAAUAAAACAAGAAAAAUGAAGACAAAAGGGGUACAAAAUGAGCAAUAGAUACUUAACGAUGUUUUGAUCAGCCAAAGAUAUCUUUUGGUAAAUUUACAUAUUUAUAAAAAUUAUCCCAUGUUCUUUAGAAUUUAACCAUUGUUUCUUGGGUCAAGGAUAAAAAAACUGUUGAGAUCGGUUAAUGUAGUACUUAUUUACUUAUUAAGCUGUUUGUAUGAGUCAUAGAUCUCUAACAUGUCGGAAUGGAAACAUUUGAUAACAGAAUGGCUAAACGAAUAUGCAUCUCUCCAAGAAAAUGAGAUAAAAAGUUUCGCAGCUGAACACGAACAUAAUCAUGAAAUCGCAACUGCUAUAUUUAACCUUCUAUAUGAUGAAGACAAGGAGAAAGAAAAUGACUUGAUAAAGAACAUUGAGAUGAAUCAGGAGAUGCUAGAAAAUGUGUGUGUGCAAUUAUUUAGUUUCUACAGAUCCAAAGAAGUUGAAUUACAGAGAUUUACUUUAAAAUUUGUUCCAACAUUAAUUUAUGUCUAUUUGAGCAUUGUUGCUCAAGGCAACACAAAACUAUGCAGAAGCAUAGAAACACUUCUUAUAGGUUUAUAUAAUUUUGAAGUUGUGGAUGAGAAUGGGAAACCCAAGGUUGUUUCAUUCAGGCUACCAUCAUUGGCUCAGGCUUCGAUUUAUCAUGAGCCCUUGUCACUGGGAUCCCAGUUUUUAACUGAGAGUGCAUUGAGAAGGUGGGAGGAGUGUAACACUAAGCUGAUCAGUUGGGGCCCCCAUCCCCAAGUGGAACUUAUCAACGCUCAAAAUCGGCUGAAGGUUAUGGCCGCAUUGCUCUUCAUAUACAAUAGACAACUGAGUCUACUGUCCAAGUUGGCUAUGAGACACUUGUGUAUUGCAGCCUCCAGGAUAGCAACUCAAGGAUUCUACAAAAAAGAAGCUACACCAGCUAACACGAUUCAAAGGAUACCAGUUACUUCCAACUUCCUGUUGGAACUGAUAGAGGGCACAUACUUUGCUAUGUUCAAUGAGUUCUACACUCUUGCUUUUCAAGCUGUCAAUGACAUUGACCAGAGAGCACAAUAUGAACUCCUUCCAGAUGUAAUGCUAGUCACGAGUGCUGUAAUUAAUUCACUCAAAAAUAAUCCUACAGGUCAACCUUAUGACGGCCCAAUGGGAAUAAGUGUUGCUUUAUCUCCAGCCACAACAACUGUGACUAUGCCAAAAUCUAUGAUUACCAAUGCCUCCUUCAGAACUAAGAAAUUGCCAGAUGACAUUCCAAUUCAAGCGGGGCAGGCAGUGGCUACAGAUACGUCAGAAUUCUUACAAGCCAUAACCGAGGAGUGCGAAAACGAGGCGGCGCCGAUACAGAGAGGCAGCACGGCUAGAAACUCUAAGCCGAAGCUUGGCGCUCUGUCCGUGCUCAGUAAAAAGAAAGAUGGCAAAGACAAGACAAACCAGGCAGAGAAAAAGGUCACAGUGAAGGAGUCCACCAAGGGCAUCUGGAAUGCGCUGAGCGGCGGCGGCGACAUCGUCGACGGACACCAGAAAGCCGACAACUCGCUGGACGCCAGCCUGCAGGAUGAGAUCUCGUUGUCGUCCGUCCACAACGGCGCGGACAACUCCGACUCCCGCUCCCAGGUCACCACGGACUCCCUCGACAUGGAGACUCCGCGUUUCGCCGCCAUGCAAGUCAGCUCCGUCUAAUUCCGUGUACAUUUGCGUUUAAAUCUCCUUCUAGUAGUGGUUUAGUUGUAUGGUUUCUGGUAGGUUAAUUUUGGUGCAAACUGUUGUCCUAGUUCAUAACUGUUAGUAUGAAUUUGUUGUUCUUUCAAUAUAUUUUAUUAUGGUAUGGAAACAAAUAAAGAUUAUAUUAUAAAUAAAAGGUGUAUGACGUU